AUGGAGGAACUAAUCUGUCCUGUGAACAGCUACUACCAAAGGAUCCUUCUCCCAGCCUCCUACAGCCUCGUCUUCCUGCUGGGUUUGACGUUAAACGGCGCCCUGCUGUGGUGUCUGCGCUGCCCGACGCACCGCACCAGCGGCACGGCGGUCUACAUGACCAACCUGGCCGUGGCUGAUUUCCUCUACGUCCUGGCCCUGCCUCCGCUCAUCAUCAGCAACGCCAUGGGAGACCUGUGGCCCUUCGGUGACAUCGUCUGCAAAAUCGUCAGAUUCGUCUUUCUGGUCAACAUGCACUGCAGCAUGAUGUUUCUCACCUGCGUUAGCUUCCACCGGUUCCUUGGAGUGUGCCACCCCAUCACCGCUGUGCGCCUCAGGAGCAAAAAAAUCGCCGUCUUUGCGUCAGGGUCCGUUUGGUUUCUGGCCAACGCAGAGGUUCUACCCACACUUGUGUUUUCGCACACGGGUGUGAUCAACAACAUGACUGUGUGCUUUGAAAUGACGGACCCGGGGCAGUUUAAUGUGUAUUUUCCAUACGGGCUGUUUUUAUCGAUCGUGGGAUUUCUGGUCCCAUUCUUAGUAUCUGCCACCUGUUAUUGCUCCAUGAUCAGGACGCUCAGGGCCGCGGACUUCAUCUCCAACAUCAGGACGGCGCGUGUGCGUAAAAAGUCCCUCAUCACUCUCUUGGUCGUGUGUUUGGUGUUUGUAGUGUGUUUCGUUCCUUAUCACAUUGCGCGCACCGUCUACUUGUUUGUGAGAGUUUACACGCCCGAAAACUGUCCUCUGCUGAAUGUGGUCAUGAUCUGCUACAAAGUCUGGAAACCGGUAGUCAGUUUCAACUGCUGCGCAAAUCCUCUCCUCUACUUUUGCGGCUCUGAUCGGCACCGUCGGAAGCUCCGGGCCUGGCUGGGGAGGAGGAAGAGAAGAGUACAUCCCAGCGUGUGUCUGGUGGAUGUGGACGGCACAAAGAGGUCCGGAGGAUAG